AUGGCUAGUUCAUUUGAUCAGACCUGUGGCGAAGUUGAGUUCACAAGAGAACUAUCCGAGGCAUUGCUGCAUGAGAAGUUUGAUGAUGAUAAGAGGGACGGCAAAGAAUUAGCUAAAUAUGUAAAGGACCUUGAGAAUUGCACUAUGAAAUGGCAUGAGAAGAAGAUAUCCUAUCUUCUUGAAGACGAAAGGCUUCGGAGUCUACUUGAUUUGGCUGAAAAAAAGUGUACGGAUGCUGAUUCGGAGAGAAAGAACAAGGUAGAUGGGCUCGAUGCCAUUAGUUCACACUUGAGACAAAGAAUAACUACUUUAGAAGAGGAACUUGCAAAAAUAGAGUCAGAGAAGAUGGCUUCAGAAUUGGAGGAUGACUUUAAUAAAAAGUUGGAGUACAACAGGAGUCUACAGGAGUACAAUUCUGAACUCGAAAUUGAUUUUAGGACACUGAAUGAGGCUUCCAAACGAGCAGAAAUGGAGAGAUCGCUAGCCAAAUCCAUGGGGAUCUGA